UAAAAAUGUCUCCAAAAAGAAGACAUACCACCUUAACAAUUAAACAAAAAUCUGACAUCAUUGACAGAUUAAGCCGUGGUGAAAGUGGCAAAAUGUUGGCAAAUGAAUACGGGGUUGGUACAUCAACCAUUUCAGAUAUAAAAAAACCAUCAGAGAAUUAUGCGUGGUUUUGUACACAACGGUCAAGGCAUGUUCCGAUUUCGUACGACAUUUUGGCUGCCAAAGCAAAACAGUUUUAUGCCGAAGCCUAUGGAAAUGAUAAAUUUAGAGCUAGCCGAGGCUGGAUAUCUAACUUCAGAAAAAGACAUGGUCUACGUGCUUUAAAAGUGUGUGGCGAAAAACUAUCCAAUGAUCAAAGCUCUGUCGAUCCAUUCAUAUCUGCAAUUACAGAAACGAUACAACAGUUAAACCUCACAACUUCUCAAAUAUACAAUGCAGACAAAUCUGCUCUAUACUGGAAAAUGUUGCCCGAAAAAACAUUGGUUCGUGCUCAGGAAAAGACUGCACCAGGUCGAAAAAUUAGCAAAGAACGCGUAACAUUUCUAGCAUGUUGCAAUGCAGAUGGAUCCCACAAAUUGAAGCUUUUGGUCAUAAGAAAGGCAAAAAAUCUUAGGGCCUUUAAAAAUGUAAACAUCCCUAAUGAAUACAAAAACUCUGCCAAUGCAUGGAUGACUACGGCCAUUUUUGUGGAGUGGUUUCAUAGUUCUUUUAUUCGCCAAGUGAAAAACCAUUUAAGAAGUCUCAAUUUUCCUCAAAGAGCCCUGUUAAUUGUUGAUAAUGCCUCGAGUCAUGAAACCGUAGAAGAGUUGACAAGUGAAGAUGGAGGAGAAUUCACAACAUUGUUUCUUCCACCUAAUUGUACAGCACUUUUACAACCAAUGGAUCAGAAUGCAAUCAGAUUGAUAAAAUUAUUUUAUCGAAAGAGUCUAUUGACGCAUAUUUUGUCGAAUAACGAAGAGAACGUUGUUAAGGUGCUAAAAGGCAUUAAUUUAAAGGACGCUGUAUCCCUUCUAUGCAACGCUUGGGGAAGUCUCAUCAAAACAAUAAAUAACAACUCAGACAAUGAAUACGAUGCCGAAGAUCUUAUUCCUCUCAUUGAACUGCGACGUAGUAUGCUUUCUUUGGCCGAGGAAGUAACAGAUGUGUCAGAUAUGCUCAAUGAACUGACAGAGUAA